AUGUGUUGUUCUUUUACCAAAAUGGGCUUGAAUCUCGCUUACUGAUGCAUGCCAGAGGAGGGGGGUCUCAGUCAAUCAGGGAGUGGCACUGUCGUCAUAUCGGUAAAGGUGUGGGAACAAAAAUGCAAUUCACUGAAAAUCGAAGGGGUUUGAUAAGGAGGGGAUCCAAUCAAUGGAAAAGCUGGGAAAGGAAAAGCAGAAACGACAAGGGGGACUGUGGCAUUUUUUGCACUACUUCCACGACUUCCCGCGCACAAUUGUCCAACAGUAUUGUAAUGAUGUUGGGGGCGAAAGUAAAAAGCAAGAGUGGGGUAUAAUUUUCCCUACCGCUGCUUUACUGGGCACACCCGCCUUUUCCGUUUGGCUCCCUUCAUCACUCAUUCAUGUGACUUUCUCUCUCUAUAAACAGAAUGAUUUUGAUGGAAACCCUAGAAUUGUCCUUAAUCUCUUCUUUCUCUCUCUAGUCUCUCUUCCGGCAUCCGUUGGACGAUGCUCUUCAUUUGCCGGUUCUGCUCUGAGAAUUGCAGAGGAGCCGCAAAUGAAGAUCUCCAUUGCUCAAUUCUCCUUCCUCUUUCUCCUUUUCGCCUUCUUCACUUCAAUUUCGGCCAUUUCUCCUUCACUUGAUUGGCGCAGCAACUUCAUUUUAGGAGAAGAGAAUUUAGGGUCAUGGAAAGGUGAAAUAUCGAGGGGAGCGCAAGCACCAGGACCGGCAAACAAUGGGCCUCAAAGCACUCUAGUGUUAGCGGCAAAGAGGACGAAUAGGCCAGACAUUCUUCGUGGAUUUAAGCGCUAUCGAGGUGGUUGGGACAUCACAAAUAGGCACUAUUGGGCAUCUGUAGGAUUUACAGGUGCUUUUGGUUUCAUUCUUGCUUUCUUGUGGCUUGUUUCUUUUGGCUUGGCUCUUGUGGUACAUUAUUGCUGUGGAUGGAGAAUAAACGCCAAAGGCAACGGAUCAGACCAUUCAGAAAGGGUUUCUCUUAUUAUGCUCAUUCUCUUCACUUGUGCUGCAGCGAUUGGAUGUAUUCUACUUUCAAUCGGGCAGGAUGAGUUUCACCGUGAAGCAUUGCAUACCUUGCAUUAUGUUGUAAACCAGUCAGACUACACUGUACAAACCCUAAUAAAUGUCACACAGUAUCUCACCCUUGCAAAGACUAUUAAGGUGGCCCAAGUUUUGCUUCCUUCAAAUGUCAACGAUGAUAUUGACAAGUUAAACGUGGAUCUAAACAAAGCAGCAAACGAUCUGAAAGAAAAGACAAGUGAAAAUUCUGCCAAAAUAAAAAAAGUAUUCAAUGCUGUGCGGUCAGCUUUGAUCACUGUUGCAGCUGUAAUGCUUCUCCUGUCUCUGCUUGGCUUUUUCCUGUCUAUCCUUGGGCACCAACAUGCAAUUCACGUAUUCAUUGUCGGUGGAUGGUUACUUGUGGUAAUCACAUUCAUGCUUUGUGGAGUUUUUGUAAUCCUUAACAAUGCUAUAACUGACACCUGCAUGGCCAUGGGAGAAUGGAUGGACAAUCCCCAAUCAGAGUCUGCUCUUAGCAACAUCCUUCCAUGUGUUGACCAGAGAACCUCAAACCAGACACUGAUCAAAAGUAAAGAAGUCGUCACUAAUAUUGUAAACGUUGUCAAUCAAUUUAUAUAUACCUAUGCAAAUGCCAAUCCUUCACCGACUGAUUUAAAUUUCUACAAUCAAUCUGGACCUCUGAUGCCGCCCCUUUGUUACCCAUAUGACUCUAACCUACAAGAUCGUCAGUGUGGAUCUAUAGAGGUGUCCAUGGAAAAUGCUUCUGUGGUUUGGAAGAAUUACGUAUGCACCAAGUCAGAACUUGGGUUAUGCAACAAUGAAGGGAGGGUGACGCAGGACACAUACACACAGUUGGUGGCCGCAGUUAACGAGAGUUUUGCUCUUGAGCAUUACACUCCACCAUUACUUAGCCUUCAGAAUUGCAAUUUUGUGCAGGAUACUUUCCGUGAAAUCAAGACAAGGUACUGUCACCCACUGGAGCAUGAUCUCCAGAUGGUGGAUGCAGGAUUGGGCCUUAUUUCAGUAGGGGUCAUGCUCUGCCUUGUCCUGUGGAUAUUCUAUGCAAACCACCCCCAAAGGGAGGGAGUGUUUGUGACGCUAUUUUCAUCAAUAAGAAAGAGGCAGAAGUAGCAGUUAGAAGAACGGCUCUACAAAUAACAGCAACAUCAAUACAUGAUGAAUCAAACAUAUUUCCAGCCAGUGGAAUCAAGGAAUGUAGAAUAGAAACAGAUUAUAAAAUGAGUCUAUUUUCUCCUUAAAAUUUGUUGUACCCCUUACCAAUGAGGGUAAGAAACCAAGGUGGCGCAAAGCACCAUUUUGAGUUGGGGGCUGCUAGCCUUUCUAUAAUGGAUGUGGUUAUCUCUGUAUAGUAAAAGCGAAUUAGUGUAUUUUUGUUUGCAUCAUUCCAA